UUCUGAUGACGUUUCGCCAAUGACUCUAAGAUUCUCCGCCAUCCUCGCAUCUGAGCGCCGCUGCAGAGAUUCCUCCUCCUCGGUGACCGGAACUAAAUGGAGCCUCGCUCGCUGCUGCUCCUGCUGCUUCUGGACGCCUCUUGCCUCCACUCGGUGACGACUUCACGGAGCGGAGUCAGAGGACCCAAAGUCACGGAGAAGGUGUUUUUUGACAUCACAGUGGCGGGUCACGAGGUGGGCCGCAUCGUCAUCGGCCUCUUUGGAGAGGUGGUCCCGCUCACUGUCAAUAAUUUUGUUGCCCUCGCAACUGGAGAGAAAGGCUACGGCUACAAAGGCACAAAGUUCCACCGGGUCAUCAAAGACUUUAUGAUCCAAGGAGGUGAUUUUACUGCUGGAGACGGAACCGGAGGUCACAGCAUCUACGGGGCAACGUUUCCUGAUGAGAAUUUUAAACUGAAGCACAGCUCAGCGGGAUGGGUGAGCAUGGCUAAUGCCGGCGCAGAUACCAAUGGCUCACAGUUCUUCAUCUUGGCCACCAAGGCGCCCUGGUUGGAUGGGAAACACGUGGUUUUUGGAAAAGUCCUGGACGGCAUGUCUGUGGUACACACCGUCGAACUCCAAGACACCAACGACAGAAACCUGCCGUACACCGACUGCGUCGUGGUCAACAGCGGACGGAUCGCCGUCAAACAACCCUUUACCGUCGACGUGGACGGCUGGUAGAUCACCAAGAAUAUUCGUUCUAUUUGGAAGAAUCUUGAAGAAGAAAUGUGAAAAGUUGGCACAUUAUUCGCUUGUUAGCGGCCUAGCAGCAGCAUGACAGCAAUUGUUUUCUUUUCUAAAUCAUGUGAGAUUUAAACCUUGUUCAUGUUUUAUUUAAUGUUCCAUAACAUAGAAUGUAGCAAAACAAAAUGUAAAAUGGAAUAUGAUCUUAGAGUGUCAAUUUUAAACAUAAACUAACUUAUAAAUUGUUCAUUUGUUAGCACAAUGAUACGUUGCUCGCACUGGUUUUACUGUUACUAAGUUAUUUCGUAAAAGGGUAAAUGAUUGUUGAAAAAGUCCCAAAUUUACACUUACAUCUUGUUAGCGAGCUACCAUUCUAGCAAGGGUUUUUGUCAUCAAAAUCAUUUGGUUGACCUUAUAUUAAACACCAAAAAAAAAAUGUUUUUAAAUUUGAAAAUAAUCUUAAAAAGUGCCAAAUUGACACAUUCUUUAUUUGCUAGCGAGCUGGCAUAGUAGCAACACUUUAGUUGUUGACAUUUUAACCUGUUAAUGUACUUUUAACAAAUUUACAUUAAAAAAAAAAAAUCUGAGUAAGGUAGCUCGGAUGGUAGCAGGAGCUGCUCGAAAUAAAUUGGGUAUUUUUAUCUGUAAGUGUUAAUAAUUGUUUUAUUUAUUGCAUUAAGUGCUUUAAACUAAAAUUUGCAAGUGUU